UGUGUUCUAGCAAACCAUUUGGUUGACCCGGCCGAUGCAAGGCAUACUGGUUUGAAUAAACUAGGCUACAGUUCGAUGAUCUGGUGAUCGACGUAUUCUUAAUCUUCACACUAGUAGUAUUAUUAAACUUUAGUUGGCCAAAACAGGGUGAAAAGAGCACGAAAACAUGGUCGCGACUCAAGAACGAGAAACAUGGGUUGGAAAGCUUGAUUUUAUUCUCGCUUUAAUUGGAUUCUCUGUUGGACUUGGGAAUAUCUGGCGUUUUCCAUAUCUAUGCUAUAAAAAUGGUGGAGGUUGRUUUCUGAUUCCAUACUUCAUCUGCCUUGUUUUGGCUGGUGUUCCUCUACUUAUCCUUGAAGUUUGUCUAGGACAGUUUAUGAGUCAAGGUGGUAUCACUGCAUGGAAAAUAUGUCCUAUAUUUCAAGGUAUAGGUUAUGCCAGUGUGGUAAUUGUCCAGUACUUGAAUAUCUACUACAUUGUCAUUCUUGGUUGGGCGUUCUACUACAUGUUCCAUUCCUUCACUGCAACUUUACCCUGGUCUCACUGUGAUAAUGAUUGGAACACCCCUCUCUGCCAUGUGGGCAAAAAACUAGUUGCAAUGAAUAAAACCUUCAAUGCCACCAUGAACAAUUCAGUUGUUCUUAAGUAUAAUACUACAAUGGUUGAAGAGAACACUAAUUCACCUAUAAUGGAAUUUUGGAACUACAAGGUUCUUAACAUCUCUAAUGGUCUUGACGAAAUAGGAACUAUCAACUGGCAAAUGGCUUUGUGUUUGUUGCUUGGAUGGGUUGUCUGCUAUUUGUGUGUCUGGAAAGGAGUCAAAUCAACAGGAAGGGUUGUAUAUUUUACAGCAACUUUCCCUUAUGUCCUUCUCACCAUCAUCUGUGUAAGGGCUGUCACUCUAGAUGGUGCUGCAACUGGAAUUAAAUUCUAUCUCCUUCCUGAUUGGUCCAAGCUUGCAGUGGGUCAGGUUUGGCUUGAUGCAGCAACACAAGUUUUUUUCUCCUAUUCUAUUGGAUUAGGCACUCURAUUGCCCUUGGAAGUUAUAAUAAGUUUAAGAACAACUGUUAUAGGGAUUGCAUUAUUUUUGCCUGUGUGAACAGUGGAACUAGUUUUUACGGAGGUUUUGUAAUCUUCUCUGUUCUUGGAUUCAUGGCAGAGAAGCAAGGAGUUCAUGUGAAAGAUGUAGCCGAGUCAGGUCCUGGCCUGGCGUUUAUAGCCUACCCUGCUGCCGUUGCCGAGAUGCCCAUUUCCCCACUUUGGUCCAUCCUCUUCUUCUUUAUGGUCAUUCUGCUGGGAUUGGAUAGUGAGUUUGUGGGAGUUGAAGGCUUUGUGACUGCCAUCGUGGACAUGUUUCCAGGAUAUCUGAGAAGGGGAUAUCGMAAAGAGAUUUUUAUAGGAAUUAUGUCAAUAAUAUGGUUUCUUAUUGGACUCCUCAUGGUUACUGAGGGUGGCAUGUAUGUGUUUCAYCUAUUUGAUAAUUACUCUGCCAGUGGAAGUGCCCUUCUAUGGGUUGCUCUCUUUGAAAGCAUAGGUAUUGGAUGGGUUUAUGGUGCUGAAAGGUUUUAUCAAAACAUGGAGGCUAUGAUUGGAUUUAGAGUGAGCCCAUACCUGAAGAUCUGCUGGAUAUUCUGCACACCAAUUUUUUGCUUGGCGGUGUUUAUCUUCACCCUGGUGACCUAUGAACCAUUGGUUUACAACAAGACCUACAAGUAUCCUGCAUGGGGUGAAGCUAUCGGCUGGAUUCUUGCCAUGUCAUCCAUAAUUUGCAUUCCCYUUGUUGGCAUCAUCAAUAUGAUGAAAGCCAGUGGAGAUUUCAUUGAUCGUCUUAGAGUUGUCACCACACCAGUCGGAAUCCCACCAGGUCGUGACGUCACUAGUUACUCUGAAACUAACGAUACUUUUAAGAACCCCAUGGAGCUUAACACCAAYAUGUAGUCAUGGCAACUACUUUCUCAGCAUGGGAAUUAUUGUAGAUGUAAGCAAGAUGAUACUUCAGAUACAAGUGAAAGAAGAAUGUAUUAACCAUUUAGUCCAAGCAUUGUUUUUGUGUUUAGCUUUUAGUUUUUGUGGCGUUCAUGUGUGUAAUUUGAUUUUCUUUACUUUGUUUUAAAGUUUUCGUUUUGCUGAUUUUUAAUAUUUUAAAUUUAAUUUAAAUGUAAAUUUUAUUUACAUUUUAACCGUUCAGACAGAUGUCAGACAUAUUUGCUCUGUGAGUGAAUUUUUGUUGCCUUUGAAAAAAUAGCAUUGGAAAUCACUCUAGCCCAAAUUACAUUUGUGUAUGUGUGUGUUCACAAGUAAUAAAAUAAUUAUUAGUGUCAAGCUUUCAGUUUUUAAAACAAAAAAUUUAAUUAAGGCAAUUGUAAAUUGGUCUAAUGUUUGUCUAAUAGCACUCGUAACUACAGCUAGCACAAAAACACAUUGCUGGGCAUUUGUAUUUAUUCAAUAAUAUUGAUAAACAUUAGGAAAUGUGUAACUAGGGUAACAAUAUAUUCAUGAAAGUAGAAUAAUCCAGUUUUGAUACUCUGGUUGAGUGGCCAUGAGAAGCAAGGUAAAGUGAACUUUUGUUUAUGGCAGUUGAACCAAAUUAUCAAAAGUGGACUAUUGUACUUUAAAUAAUGAUAUAACCAUAACACUAAGUGUUUGUAAGAUAUAAUCCUCGCAUUGUAUAGGAAUUYUAUUAAUUGUAAUUAAUGUUAAUUUUAUUUGGUAACCAUCAUAGGUUGCAAAGUGUUAGAACUUGCCAGCACUGGUCUAAGGAUAAUUUUCAUUUUGUUUAUAUAAAGACGGCAUUUAGACUCAUACUGUUGGUAUCUGCAAGGACACCAACUGAUCCAAUUCAACUAAUCUAGAAGUGAAUAUCAGUGACCUAAACCACCAAUUGCUAUCCCUUAUACUAAGCACUAGAUUGACGAGGGUAGAACAAGCCUUUUCGAAAACAUAUAACUUUCCAAUCUUCAACUGAGAAGUGAAAAUCAUUCUUAGCAAGUGACAGAAUUGUGAAGUGAGCAUUGAGUUAAUAAUGAAAUAUUUAUAGAAGUCAGUAAAACACGCAAGUAGUUUUAUUUAUAGAUYUUAAAUAACAGUCAUGCUGGAAACACUUAAUCUGUGAAACAUAUAAAGGAGUGUUUCAUAGAUAUCGCUUUUGCWCAUGAACAACAAUAUAUAUUCAUUUUUUUCUUUCUUUUUAAUCUCGGUUUCUCAUUUUCUUUCAUUCUUUUUCCUAUCAUUUUUUUUCUCUCUAUUGCACAGAUUUAUCAUMUUCCUUCAUUAUUUUUUUACAAGAAAUUGUUAAAGGAAUGUUAGUGUUAGAACAGUUUGUUUACAAGUUAGUAAUGUAGAAUGAAUUAUGUUAAGCAAACUGGUGAGGUCCUGUUUUAGUUAAGAGUGUGUCUGUAAGUUUUUUGAAUCUCAKCGUGUGCAAUUGAAUUUUCCUUUACUUUUAAGCACAAGGUAAAUCUUAAAAUAUUGUCACCAAAAGAAGUUAUACUCAAUUAGAGUGUGCUAAAUUGAGGCUUUUGUUGCAUCAUGAUUGUUUUGGAACACAUUUAGMGACACUGUCUUAUGCAUUACAGGGCCUUUGAUAUAAAAUAAAAUAAUUCCUACAUUAAUUAUCAAUCUUGUUUGGAAUCAUAAGUUCAGUUUUAGUUGUAAGUAUACUCAAUAUAAUUAUGAGUAGUUUUAGUAAGUGCGCUAAGAAUCAGCACUGAUUGAAUUAUUAGUAAUUAACUUGUACUUGUUAAUAAARGUAAUAAAGUGUAAUGCUGAUUUUA